CUUCUUAAUUCCCUUCCCUAUUUCUUCCACAAAAAAUUUCUUUUUUUCUAUCUCUACAAACCCCCUAAAAAAGGGGGCCAAAAACCUCCAAAACUAUGACCAGAAAAAGAAUUCUCAGGGACAUUAUCGGUAUUUUCAAAGACAAAGCUUCCAUUCUCAAAGCCAACUUAUCAACGAAACGCGGCGUUUCAUCAAUCCAAGUCACCGUUAUACGCGCCACCACGCACUCCUCCACAUCUCCGCCGCGGAACCACCGCGUCGCCGCCAUCAUCUCCGCCGGUGACCACUCCCUCCCCGCAAUUUACACAUGUAUCGACGCCAUCAUGGACCGCCUUCAUAGUACCCAAAAUCCGUACGUUGCCUUAAAAUGUCUAUUCAUUUUUCAUAACAUUAUGUCUAAAGGUUCGCUAUUAUACAAAGAUCAUGCAUCCUUUUUCCCAUCCUCCGGUGGCCAUAAUUCGUUAAAUCUUUCGGGGUUUUACGAUAAAUUCGACGUUGAAACUCGACAACUAUCGUCGUGGGUACGAUGGUACGCUAAUGUCCUUGAGCGUAACAUGAUUACGUCAAGGACGUUGGGUUCAUAUAUUUCUCCUUCGUCAAAAUUAUCGAUAAAUUUCGAUAAAAUUGAGAAUCACAAGGGAAAUAAUAUUAGUUUUUCUGAUUCCGUUACGGAAAUGGAAUCAUUGGUGUGUAUGGUGGAAGUAAUUUGUGAAGCACCCGAGUCACAAUAUUGUCAAAAGAUAGACUUAGUUCAUGAAAUUAUGAUAUUAAUUUCGGAGGAUUAUCGAUCGAGUCAGUAUCAUAUAAUGAUACGACUCGUUGAGUUAUCGGGCCGAGUUUCGAGAUUGAGUUACCUUGAUUUGUCUGAGUUGAUAUUGUGUUUGUCAAGGCUAGAGGGAUGUAGGAAAAAGAUGAAUGAAUUGUUUAUACGAAGGAAAAAUGAUUUAUUUUGGGAAAUGGUAAGUCAAAAGAAAAUGGAUUUGGAGAAGGUGAAAUAUGAAAGGGAAAAACAAAGUUUAUUACUAUGGAAUGUUGAUGAGAAUUGUGAUGAGUUAAAUUGGUCAUCACAAAGAUUUGGAGGAAAAAUUCAACAAUUUUUGGUUACUGCUUGAUAAAAGUCAAUUGGUGACAUUUGAUUUUUGGGCUUUAGCUUUUUGUCUAGAGGCCUGGGCUGGACUUGUAGUCAUUUUGAUAUGUGAAAAGGGCUCCUUUUUUGGUGUAUAGAAAUUGCAGUCCUGUUGUUGAAACUGAUGAUAUUGUAUAGUUAAAUGUAAGUACUAAUAAGUAAUUGUAUUAUUUCUUGUUCCAAAAUAUUUUUGCUAGCUUUUUGGUUUAAUUUUAAGAAAUUAAUAUGAAAUUGACAACAUGAUAGAUUUGAUUAAUUGGAUAUAUUUUAUUAAAAGGCGGCUAUCCACUUCUUUUGUUUUUUUGCUACACAAUUUUGUAUUGGGGUGAGAAUGAAUGAAUCUAGGGUUAAAGUUCUAAAUUUUAGAUAUCGUACAACAUCAAGUGUCGAUAAUUAAAUUUUAAAUUUAAUAGUUUGUGAUAUAAAACUAAUGAGUUUGGAUGAAUAUUCUAAUCCAUGCUCUGCCCAAUCCUUUUCAUACUUGUUGAUAAAAUAAAGAGUAAUGUGUCAUAAAAAUCUAAACUUUAUGACACAAAUUACGCUCACUCUGGGCCUCAAUGAUAACAACAAUUUGGGGAGUGAGUAGUACAAAAUUCCAGUUAAUUCCAAACUCACACCUACUCCAACAUGACUAUCAUUAAUCUUUAUCCUUAUGUCUGUGACUAAUCUGUUUGUCUUUACGGAUUAAUCUAUCACUAAAGUGCGACGUAAUACAAAAAAAAUUCAUCUUCAUAUGUUUUUACAAUUUUUAUGUUCAGAUAUUUUUAUAGUAUUAAAAUUGUGACCAAGUAAUUGUACCUAUUUUCAGUUUUCUUAGAAUUAUUGUGAAAGUAAAAUCGUAAAUUUUUUCACUCUUAUAUGUAGAAAAUGGUUUCACGUAAAAAAAAA